CAAAAGAAGUAAAAGACCAAAAAAAGAAAAAGAAGUUUAAUAAAUGUGUGCCACUCUGCACAAUUAGUUUCUUAUUAAAGUACAAAAGGAGAAUAAUUAUAAAAAAAAAACAAUUUUAGAGAAAUUUUAUUGUACAAAAAAAUGAAAAUCGUCAGCAUACAAAUAACUGUGAUAGUGAUAUUGUUAAAUUUUUUAAAUUUAUCUAAUGCUUUGUUGAGAAGAUGUUAUUCUUGUCGUUCACGUGGUGAAUUGGGCAGUUGUAAAGAUCCUUUUAAUUUCAAUGCCACCGAUGUUGAAAGUGAACCAGGUCUGACGGCCAUACCCUGUGCUUCCGGCUGGUGUGGCAAAGUUAUUGAGGGUGGUGGUACCUAUGCCACAGAUGAUUACGAUCAAGCCAUACAACGUAUGUGUGUACAACGUGGCCCUGAUGACAAUCAAGAUCGUUGUGCCAAUACCGUUUACAAUUAUAAAAAAGUCUACAUGUGCUUCUGUCAAGGUGACCUGUGCAAUGGCAGUGAAACAAUAAAUCAAUUACAAUUUAAGAAAAUCAUAACAAUUGGUGCAAUAUUAACAAUUUUACAUAGAUUUUUGUAAAUACAACUAUUUUUGGAAAUAAAAUGUUAAAAAUAAUUAUGACCCUGACAAAACUUAUUUGUCCAA